GCCGCUGCCCUUCCCUGCCGGAGACUGUCUCCAGGCUGACGCCUCCGUCCCGGUCACGGCCACAGGUCACGGCCGCCGGCGAAGCCGAGCCGCAGCGCUUGCAGCACCCCUGGGCGAGAGUCUCGGGAGCAGUCGCGCCGGCUCCAUGGAGAAGGGCCCGCUGCCGGCGGAGAAGCCGAGGGGACCCAGGUGCACCAAUGGGUUCCCCGAGCGGGAGCUGUCGCGGCCCGGGGCCAGCCGGCCGGCCGAGAAGCCCCGGGCGCCCGAGGCCAAGAGCGCGCAGCCGGCCGACGCCUGGAAGGCAGGGCGGCCCCGCAGCGAGGAGGAUAACGAGCUGAACCUCCCUAACCUGGCGGCCGCCUACUCGUCCAUCCUGCGCUCGCUGGGCGAGGACCCCCAGCGGCAGGGGCUGCUCAAGACGCCCUGGAGAGCCGCCACCGCCAUGCAGUUCUUCACCAAGGGGUACCAGGAGACCAUCUCAGAUGUCCUGAAUGACGCUAUAUUUGAUGAGGAUCAUGAUGAGAUGGUGAUUGUAAAGGACAUUGAUAUGUUUUCCAUGUGUGAACAUCACCUCGUUCCUUUUGUGGGAAGGGUCCACAUCGGCUACCUUCCCAACAAGCAAGUCCUUGGCCUCAGCAAACUUGCCAGGAUCGUAGAAAUCUAUAGUAGAAGACUACAAGUUCAAGAGCGCCUCACCAAGCAAAUCGCGGUGGCCAUCACAGAAGCCUUGCAGCCUGCUGGUGUUGGAGUAGUAAUCGAAGCAACACACAUGUGCAUGGUGAUGCGAGGAGUGCAGAAAAUGAACAGCAGGACCGUGACCAGCACCAUGCUGGGGGUGUUUCGGGAAGACCCAAAGACUCGGGAGGAGUUCCUCACACUCAUCAGGAGCUGAACUUCUGCGUGCGCGUGCCCUGGUUUGCAGACCCCACUGCUGCCGGGGUUACCCGUCUCAAUCAUGCAUUCCAGUUUCAAUUGUUACAGAUGUGAACUUCAUUUCUCAUCAUGAAUUGUAUUUAGUAAUUAUUUAUAGAUAAGUCAAAUAAAAGUAAUUGACCAAGGGGGGGGUGAGCCUUCCGCUUUCUUCUUGCCGCCUUCUUAGUGGCGAUGUCUAAAGUAAACUGACCCCGCCGUUCAGAUCCCCAGGUGCUGUCAAGGAGGAGAACUCAUGCUGUGCUCGAAGUCAUUGUUAGCGGAGGGCCCCGGACAUUGGAGGAGCUGUGGCCACUGUGCUGGGUUCCCCGCUCCCAGUGGACAUAGUGUAACUCCGAAGGAAGUGCUGGGGACAGUAGGUUACAGAGAGCAUUGCUGUCUGCAUUUGAGACCCCAGACCCCACUCUGUGUUGGUCUGCGAAAUCGAUCGCCAGUGACAACUGCUCAGUAUGUUCAUUGACUGUCUACCUGUAAUGCGAGUCUCUGAGGGAAGGUGGGGGAUGCCUGUCUUUAAUUGUGCUGUGCCGUAGAAAGGCACCUUCUGUAUUUUAGAGUCUGAGUAGAGGGAAUUCAUCCCUAGAGCUGCUUAUGAGUUCAUUUUCAUGUCAGCGCACAAGGAUGGAGAGGGUUGACUGUGCCUUGAUGAGAACGUCGAGCCGUUUGGAGUGUAGGUACUUCUGCCACCUUUUAGGAAAAGUCAUUACUUCAUAAGUUUAUAAGUGCCAGCUCUACAGGUGACUAGCCAUUGCCGACUUCCUGUUAGAAGUUCUUGGAAGUUACUUUGUCUAUUCCAAGGAGAUGCUUCAUAGCAUUUCAAAAACUCUUAGGAAGUAUUUUUCUAAGUAUUUCCAGGAUCUUUUGAAACCACCUAUCCUGUGAGCCCUGCAGACUCCUAUCUCCUCUAGACUGGGAGGGGCAUGGAAUGGGCUGAGGGAGACCUGCAUGGUGGCUGUGCCCACAGCUCUGGGCCACGCCAUACUGUUGCUGCUGGUGUCUGCAGAUGCACUGGGGACGUUGGCCUAGUUUCUUUCUUGUCGGUGUGUGGCUUGGCUUAUUACGACUCACUUUAAACACCCUGCACGGGGGCAGUGUGGGCCAGGUUAAAGCACAGUAUGUAGCCCCCUGUGAGCACGUGUGCACACGCGUGCGCGCACGCACGCACCUGGUCCAUGAAGAGGUCUCCCACUGGCUGACAAUGCUCUCAAUGGAUCCCUGUUGUCCUGCCACUGCCACUUAGACACUCAUUAGCCUAUGGUGAAGCAAGAUGAUGGAGCUGACUUUUUAUUUUAUUACUAUUACUUUUUGAUCUCUGUCUUUCCCUGGCACUUUCUAUAUCUAGAAUUUCUAAAGCACAGUCAGGUUGGUUUCGAGUUCCUUUUAAAAUCUGACCUGAUAACGAUGUUAGCCCACUUGCUAUUCAGACAUUCCCAGGUAGAACACUAAGUACUCAUGUUUGGUAUUUUAAAGUAAAAACCAGUGUGACUUGACUCUGAGGGCCAAAGAAAUUGUUUGCCAUACCUUCAUCUCUUUGGAGUGAUCAUUUGUAUCCCCUCUGAGUAGCUCUGUUGGCUCAUUCCCUAGAAGUUCUCAGCAAAAGCCUGACAUGUCCACAGGCUAGUCUCGUCAGUACCUACAAGGUGACAACCUUGUCUGUUUCACUCUGUCUGUAGUGCUAUCUGAGACACUGAGUCCAUUUGGGGGUUUUUAAGAAUUUGAUGUAUUUACAUAUACCUGUUCAAUGACAUGGUUUGGAUUUUCUGUAUGUGUAUGUAUGUUCCUGAAGUUGGUCUUAUUUAAAUGAUUAAAAGUGUUAUAAUUUUG